AUGGUUCUUGUUGGAAUAUUUGCCUGUCUCUCAAUAUCUCGGGGUCGACUCCUGGGACUCGCUGCAAUUAUUAGUCUCCUCUUGACAGACACGAAUGAUAUUGCUGUGAUUUACCCAACAUUUCGAAUUCUCUAUCCUCUAAUGGCGUAUCACUGUGUCAUCAUUAUGGCCCUACAAAUCCUCAUCUUCAAGCCAAUUGCAUUUUUCCUACUUGAAAUGAAUACAGUCAGAGAACGCCGAGUGAUAUUACAGACGUUGACCAAACACUCUUCUGCACACAUGACCUACAGAACUCUCUUCAAGAUAUUUUGCAAAAUUCUACUGGAUCCACUCGUGAUGGCCUUUGUUCUUGGGUUAAUUUUCAAUGCUGCAUUCCAUCAUAAGCCCCCAAUCUAUCUAACGCAUUUUUUCAACACAUUCUGUGAGACAAUAAUUUGUUCUGCUCUGUUCUAUCUUGGGCUUGUUUGUGUCAAUUCGGCUACCGGCGUUCCAGCACAUGGUAGGCCUCUACUCGCAAUCAUUCUUUCAAUCAAAGCGUUACUUAUGCCAAUUUUGACCAUUAAACUCUAUCAUAUCUUUGCAAAAAAUUCUGGAAAUGAGUCCGUGGGAAGCUUCACUCUCCUCUACUCCUUAUCUCCCUCAAAUGCCAAUCUUCUAACCCUCGCCUCCAGGUACGCAGUCACCCCAGAUCUCGUAAGUGAACUUAAAUCAGAUUUGAUUGGCAGUUACUAUUGGUUCUGGACAAGAAUGGUUUUUAUGGCCGGUGGGAAAACAAGGAUGAUGCCGCAUCGAUUUGUGAUUUGCUAUCUCGACUGCACCCUAGUCACCGCAGCGGUCGUUGUUUUGGGUGCCUUCAAAGACUCCUGGAUAUUUGGACUGGACACCGAAUCAGGUGGGUCCUUGUCUUUAGAGCUGGACACCGAAUCAGGUGGGUCUGCGUUGUCUUUAGAGCUGGACACCGAAUCAGGUGGGUCAUCACCAUUUCCUCCGCUAGACACCGAAUCAGGUGGGUCUUCUCCAUUUCCUCCUUUGAACACCGAAUCAGGUGGAUUACCAAUCAUCUUGACUGUUUCUCUAAAAAUCAGAUCUCAUGAUAUUCGUGAAGUGGACAUCAAUCCAUUCUAUCAAAAUGGACGGAUGCAGCAAGGAUUCACGAUAGUAGUUCUUAUAAGCUGUUUCAUCGUGGCCUCUGCGUCAUUAGCGAUGCUUGCUUUUACCUCAAUCGGUAAUCGAAGCCAUCCAUCUCAACCAAGCAGCCUGAGGUCGUCGAUUUCAAGACGUCGUUCCACAAUUAACCGCAAAAAUGGCUAUAUGCCGUUGGCCAGUGGGAAUACAGUUCAUGUAGAGAACGAUCAUAUUUCUGCUGAGGCGGUCUCCCUGGCAAAUCAUGUGGACAGUAGCACUGGAAUUGAUGUGGAAGAGAAGCCAAUCGAUAAAGAAUCAGUACAACCUCCAGAGGAAAAGGUGGAGUUGCCACAAGAUCCCAAUAAUGUGGACGGUCAGAUACAUCGACAUUUUAUUCUAAUUGGAAUAAAUUUCAUUGGCAUUUUCCUCGGAAUAUGCGCGUGUCUAUGGCGGUUAUUGAGGCUAGAAAUAACGUCAAAUAUACUCAUUCUAGAAUUCAUGGACCAAACUUUCAACUUCGGUCAAGGAUUCUUCGUGUUCGCAUUGUAUGGCUCCGAUGUUGAAUGCAUGACAAAACCAAUCACCAAAGUAUGUUCUAAGGUGGUAGAAAGCAUAACAAUUUGGUUCCUCGGAAUAAAACGCCCCAGGCAUCAAUGCAGAAAUAAUGAAGAAGAAGAUUGUGGUAAGCCGAAAGUCAAUCCGCCUACUAGACAAACUUCUAAUUGGAGAAUCGCAGAAAGUUUUGCUCUAAGUCACUUGGAUAAGUGUAUAGCUGAGAUUUGUAAACCGGUCAAGUUAGAGAUGCGGACUGUUGAAAAAGCAUUUUUCUUCUCAGAUUUACAGGAUUGGUUGUUGAAUCGCAAUCUUUGCUACAACCGUGAGGAGGUUCUCUCUCUUCUUCUCUCUCUAGAACUCAACGAUUAUGUCAGAGGACUUAGUGUAAACAGCGUCUAUGCAUUGGACCCCGAAAGUUGUGCAGAGAGUGUAUUUGAAUUUAUCCAACCUCAAUAA